AUGCCGUAUAGGGAGCUAUAUCAGAAUUUAUUCAAUGCACACGUGGUUUCCCCUCACCACUUAAAACCCCUGCAACCUCCAUAUCCCAAGUGGUACGAUGCGAACGCUCAGUGCGAUUAUCACGCGGGAAUUGUGGGGCAUUCUAUAGAACAUUGUACAGCAUUCAAGAAGUUGGUAGAAAGGCUUAUAAGCAUGGGCGUGGUUAAAUUGGAUGAUUCACCUAGUACAGAGAAUCCGUUACCUAAUCAUGAUAAUAAUGGAGUGAACAUGGUAGGUAGGAGCAUGGGUAGAAAGAUCAAGGAGGACAUAUCAGAGGUGAAAAUUCCUUUGAGGUGGGUCUGGAAAAAUAUGGAGAUGGAAUUUUAUGAAGAAGUUAAGGAGGAUGAGAGCAUUUUCACAUCAGAGUCUUUGAAGGUUCCAAGAGCAGUGCAGCCUGUGGUCAUUAUCUCGCGACCCAAGAAGGAUAAUGUGAGAAUAUCAGCAAUGCCAAGGAUCAUAAUAAAGAAACCUGCAACCUUUCCUUACCAAGACAAUAAGAAAGUCCCAUGGAACUACGAGUGCAAUACGACUGUCCCAGGAAAAGAGACUGCAAUGAGCCAGUGUGUGAGUGCCAAUCCAGAGUCUAUGAAAGAGGCUACACCAGGGGAGCAAAAAGGGAAAGUAGUUGAGCCAGUGAAGGAGGAAGAAGCAGUGGGAUUCCUCAAAAUUUUAAAGCAUAAAAUACAUCGAAGUACGCUGAUGAAGAUGCUAAAUGAGACCUAUAUGUCCAAGGAUAUUUCUGUCAGUAAGCUAGAUCGGCUACUCAUAGACAGUUCGCACAUGAAAACGUGUCAAAAUGUAGUGAGGGCAUUUGACGGUACAGAAAGGAAGGUCAUGGGAAGAAUUGAGGUACCCUUACUGAUUGGUCCAACGGUUUAUGAGAUGUUGAAGUUAGUGUCAGAUGGUCGGCUAGUGACAAUAAAAGCCCAAAAGGAUAUAAGAGCAGCUGUAUUCAAUGAGACGCCAUAUGUGGAGACCAAUGAUGAGUCAAUAGAAUGCUCAUUUCGAUCUUUGGAGUUUGUAAAUGCGGCAUUUGUUCCUGAAGGGAGUAAAAUCUCGGUGCCAAAAUUAUCCAAAACUACAGAGAUGGGUUUACAGUUGUUGGUGGGAAAAGGAGCUUUACCCGGAAGAGGGCUGGGGAGAUAUCUUCAAGGGAAAACUGAGGUUCCGGUGCUGAAAGAAAAGCAGGAUAAUUUUGGCUUAGGAUACAAGCCAGAUAGGGGACAGAGAAGAAAGGAGAUAGAGAAAAGGUCUCUGUGUAUCAAUGACGGGAAUGACGCUGCUACGAGCUCAGAGUGCCCUUUUGAACGAAAUGUGUGUUUAGAAGGAUCGCAGGACUUUGAAGGUGACGAAGAUAGUGGUUUAUCUUUGGACUUGUUGAGGAUGGUAGAAUAAGAGGAAAAGCAAAUCCUACCUCACAAAGAGUCAGUAGAAGUUGUGAGCUUGGAAGAAGGGAAAGAGGUGAAAAUUAGGACUGAAAUUCUCGCAAAGACAAGACGAGACCUCAUUGAAUUACUUCAUGAAUUCAAAGAUGUCUUCACAUGGUCAUACCAGGAUAUGCCUGGAUUGAGUGCUGACAUUGUAGUGCAUCGUCUACCCAUAAAAGAGGAUUGCAAACCAGUUCAACAGAAGCUCAGAAGAAUGAGGCCUGAUAUUGUGCUCAAAAUAAAAGAGGAAGUUAAGAAACAAUUUGAUGCUGGUUUUUUACAGGAGGUCAAAUAUUCUGAGUGGGCAGCUAAUAUUGUCCCAGUCCCUAAAAAAGAUGGAAAAGUACGAAUGUGCGUCGAUUACAGGGUGAACAAAGCAAGCCCAAAGGACAAUUUCCCAUUGCCACAUAUUGAUACUCUGGUGGAUAAUACUGCGGGAUUUUCACUAUUUUCUUUUAUGGAUGGGUUCUCAGGAUAUAAUCAGAUAAAGAUGCAUCCAGAAGAUAUGGGAAAGACUACGUUCAUUACUUUGUGGGGAACAUUUUGCUAUAAGGUGAUACCAUUCGGAUUAAAGAAAGCGGGAGCAACAUAUCAGAGAGCCAUGGUAGCCUUGUUUCAUGACAUGAUGCACAAAGAAAUUGAAGUAUACGUUGAUGAUAUGAUUGCCAAAUCCAGAACAGAGGAUGAACAUGUACAGGUCUUGAGAAAAUUGUUCUUAAGAUUGAGGAGGUUCCAGCUCAAGCUUAAUUCGACAAAAUGUACUUUUGGAGCCAGGUCAGGAAAGUUGUUAGGCUUCGUAGUCAGCGAAAAAGGAAUUGAGAUCGAUCCAGACAAAGUCAAAGCAAUACGAGAUUUAUCGCCACCACGUAUCCAGAAAGAAGUUCGAGGUUUCUUGGGAAGAUUGGAUUACAUUGCUCGGUUUAUUUCACAGUUGACCGGGAAAUGUGAUCCCAUAUUUCGCCUUUUGAAGAAACAUAAUCCUGAUGUCUGGAAUGAAGAAUGUCAGAAAGCCUUUGAAAAGAUAAAGCAAUACUUAUCUAACACUCCAGUACUGUCACCACCUAGCCCUGACAGACCCUUGAUUUUGUAUUUAACUGUGUUUGAUAACUCUAUGGGAUGCGUACUGGGUCAACAUGAUGCUACAGGAAAAAGGGAAAAGGUGAUUUAUUAUCUUAGCAAGAAAUUCACUGAUUGUGAGAUGAGAUAUUCACCUAUCGAAAAAUUGUGUUGCGCCCUGAUUUGGACGACCAAGAGGUUGAGGCAAUACUUACUAUAUCAUACGACUUGGCUAAUAUCAAAAUUAGACCCUUUAAAGUAUAUGAUGGAGUCAACAGCAUUGAAUGGAAGAAUGGCUAGAUGGCAAAUCCUGCUCUCUGAGUUUGACAUCGUAUAUGUAAGUCAGAAGGCCGUCAAGGGGAGUGUGAUAGCAGAUUUUUUGGCUAGUAGGGCUCUGGAAGAUUAUGAGCCUCUGGAUUUUUAUUUCCCGAAUGAAGAUUUGAUGUAUGUGGCAAUGCUGAAGAGGAUUCCCAAAAAAAAUCAUUCUUGGAGGUUGAACUUUGACGGAGCAUCGAAUGCACUAGGCAAUGGGAUUGGGGCAGUCCUGGUGUCUCCGAAUGGAGAUUAUCAUCCUUUUACUAGUAAACUAGACUUUGAUUGCACUAAUAAUAUGGCUGAGUAUGAAGCUUGCAUCAUGGGUAUACGGGCAGCCAUAGAGCGGAAAAUCAAGACAUUAGAGGUGUACGGAGACUCAGCAUUGGUGAUAUACCAGAUAAGAAGGGAAUGGGAGACAAGAGAUCCUAAAUUGAUCCGUUACCAGAGAUUGGUUUUGGGAUUAAUCGAAGAGUUUGACAACAUUACCUUCUAUUAUCUCCCACGAGAAGAAAAUCAGAUGGCUGAUGCUCUUGCUACUUUAGCUUCCAUGAUUAAAGUGAAUCAGUUGGAGGACAUGAAGCCCAUCCAAAUUAGUAUUUAUGAGAUCCCAGCCCACUGUUACAGCAUUGGCGAAUAUCCUGAUCAGGCAACAGAGAAUGAUAAAAGGACAUUGAGAAGACUAGCUAUUGACUAUGUCUUAGAUGGGGAGAUCCUAUAUAAAAGGGGAAAGGAUAGAGUACUGAUAAGAUGCGUGGACGUUGUAGAGGCUAAGAAAAUUUUGGAAGAAGUCCAUGAGGGUGUUUGUGGAACGCACGCUAAUGGAUUCACCAUGGCCAGACAGAUUAUGAGAUUCGGGUAUUACUGGUCUACUAUGGAAAGAGAUUGCAUCAAUCAUGCCAAGAAAUGCCAUAAAUGCCAAAUUUAUGGGGAUAAGAUGCACGCGCCUCCUUCUCCUCUUCAUGUUAUGACUUCUCCAUGGCCUUUCUCCAUGUGGGGUAUGGACGUCAUUAGACCAAUAUCACCGAAGGCUUCUAAUGGACAUCGUUUCAUUUUUGUGGUUAUUGACUACUUCACUAAGUGGGUAGAGGCAGCCUCAUAUGCUAAUGUCACGAAGUCAGCAGUCAGUAAGUUUUCGAAGAAAGAAAUCAUAUGUCGAUAUGGAAUGCCUGAAAGGAUCAUAUCUGACAAUGCGCUGAAUUUGAAUAACAGCACAAUAGUAGAAGUCUGUGAACAGUUUAAUAUCAGACACCAUAAUUCGUCACCGUAUCGUCUAAAAAUGAAUGGUGCAGUGGAGGCAGCGAACAAAAAUAUUAAGAAGAUUGUGGCAAAGAUGGCAGAAACUUACAAAGAUUGGCAUGAGAAGUUACCAUUCGCUCUUUUGGCUUACCGAACAUCGAUCAGGACUUCUACUGGGGCAACGCCUUUCUCGUUGGUUUAUGGAAUGGAGGCAGUUUUACCCAUUGAGGUUGAAAUUCCUUCUCUCCGAGUUUUGGCCGAGUUGAAAUUGGAUGAGGCCGAAUGGAUCCAAUCUCGGUAUGAUCAACUGAACCUGAUUGAAGAGAAAAGAUUAAAAGCCGUUCGUCAUGGCCAAAUGUAUCAGAAGCGAAUGAUACGAGCUUAUAAUAAGAAGGUUCUUCCCAGAGAAUUUCAUGAAGGGGAUUUGGUUCUGAAAAAGAUCCUCCCUUUACAAAAGGAUUUUAGAGGGAAAUGGAUGCCAAACUGGGAAGGACCUUAUGUUGUAAAAAAGGCUUUUUCCGGAGGCGCUUUGAUUUUGAGUGAAAUGGAUGGCAAAAAUCUUCCAAAUCCUGUCAAUUCAGAUUCGGUCAAGAAAUAUUUCACUUGA